AGAGACGAUUGAUUUUAAAGAUAAAUCAUAACAAGUACCAAGGAAAAUGGCAGCUAAAUUUACUAUGAUUCUGUGCGCAGCACUGAUUUCCGUAGCUUUCGCAAUGCCGGCUGCACAGCAAACUCAAGUGACGCCCAAAGAGACUAUGAAGACAGCGGAGACGUCACAUUUACGCUUACCAUUCUCAUUCGGUUUCGGUGCAGCAUAUCCAGUUGCACGGUACUCGCCGUUCGCUUACCGAGGAAUUUCUAUUGGAUUCGGCAGUGAAAUAGGCAAUGGUUAUCCGUAUUACAAUCAAUACGGUAAUUAUUACGCGGACGAUUAUCAACAUUAUCUUGCUCAUUACUGA